AUGGCACCAAGAAGAAGAUUUGAUAAGAAGAAUGCUACUACAUUCAAUAUAGUUCACAGAGCACAUGAUGAUUCUCGUUUCUACGACGAUGAAGCCUCGGAGCAUGUUCUUGUUCGUACUAAUGCUCCAUCCAAAUCAGGAACCACCACCAAGAAGAUUUAUACAACUACUGAGUUAGAACAAAAACUUAAUAAAGACCAAGUCAGAGAUAAUGAAGGUAUGGCUGCUCAAUAUGGUAUCUUUUACGACGAUUCUAAAUAUGAUUAUAUGCAACAUUUAAAACCAAUAGGUACUUCUCAAGAUGGGGUUUUCAUUAGUGCAAAAACAAAUGAUAAACCUAAAGAAACAAAAAUUGAAGAUCUUUUUAAGGAUCAGUUACCUUCUGAAAGUAAGAGAAAGAUUGGAGCUGAUUUAAAUGAAUCCGUACCUAAAGAACUCAAAGGGUUUAAUCCAAAUUUAGAUCCUAGAUUAAGAGAAGUUUUAGAAGCAUUAGAAGAUGAAGCAUAUAUAACAGAUGACGAUGAAGGAGAAGAAGGAGGGGACGUUUUUAAUGAUUUGUUGAAAUCUGGUGAAGUUGAAGAUGAAGAUGAAUUUUACUAUGGAUCAGAUGCUGAAGAUUAUCAGGAUGAUGAUUAUGAUGAAUGGGAUUUGGAUAAUUAUCAAGAUGAAUAUGACCAAAAAUAUGAACAAGGAGUGCCUGAAGACGAUGACUAUAAGAAUUAUGAAGAGAAUGAUCACAUACCUGACGCCAAUGUGAAUCUGGGUUGGCAGAAAGAUUUCAUGAAGUUCAAACGAGAUACCAAGAAUCAAACCAAUGAUUGGGAUUCUGAUGAUGACUUUGAAGGGGAAGAAGAAGGACAUGAAGAGGAAGAAGCAGAUGAAUUGCCUGAGUUGCCGCAAAUAAAUGGAGCUAGUAGUAAGAAGAAAUCUAAAACUAAAUUAAGAAAGAAGAAAGGUGCAAUGACUGAUACAUCAUCUUUUUCAAUGUCAUCUUCAGCAUUAUUUAGAACUGAAGGGUUAACUUUGUUAGAUGAUAGAUAUGAACAACUAAAUAAGAAAUUUGAAGAGGAUGAAGAAGAACAAGAAGAAUAUAAACCAUUUAAUAUGAAAGAAGAAAGAAAUGAUUUUGAAGAUAUGUUGGAUGAUUUCUUAGAUAAUUAUGAACUAGAAAGUGGAGGUAGAAAGUUGGUUAAAAAGGAUGAAGAAAGAAAGAAGUUACAGAAUGCAGCUAAGUCAAUGACAAGAGGUAAAUUAGGUACCAAAUCACUUAAUGGGGCAUUUGAUAAUUUAAAGAUAUAG